GUAGCUACCAUCCAAUUCCAGUCCAAAGGAAUUUCAAUUUGGUCUCUCCCACAUCUCAAAAGGCCACUACUUUCCUUUUUGCCUUCUCAUCUUCCUCAAAUUCCAUGUGUUAAAGCCACGACCCGCCUCUUAUUUAUUGGGAUAUUUAUUCCCAACCCAUUUCCCCUUUCAGCAAAUCGCAUUUUUCCCACUUCUCCUUCGCCAUGGCUCGUUUUUGCGACCUUCAAUCGCUUUCCUCUUCAUUUUCGUCUCACCCAACAAUACCCAGGUCCCCAAAUUUCAAACCCAUUUCCUCUUUUCACUGCACCUCCUCAUCAUCUUCCUCUUCUUCCCCAUUUACAGAGAAACACUCCAUCAAGAGAUACCAAAGAGACGAUUGGCUGUACAAGAAUCAACCGGACCAGACUUCUGUUACUUCAUUGUGUUCUAUUCCAUAUGAUUCUGAGUCCAUACGGCAGAAUGACAUUGCCUUGCAGCUGCCGGAGCUCAAGAAAUUGCUGCAGGUGCUGAGGGAGAAAAGGGUAAGUAGUGGAUGCAAUGAUGGAAAAUGUGGGCCUGGGAAUGUGUUUUUGGUUGGAACUGGCCCUGGUGAUCCGGAGCUUUUGACAUUGAAGGCGGUGAAAGUGAUUCAGAGUGCUGAUUUGCUUUUGUAUGAUCGAUUGGUUUCUAAUGAUGUGUUGGAUUUGGUGGGUUCUGAUGCUAGGCUUCUCUAUGUGGGAAAGACUGCAGGUUACCAUAGCAGAACCCAGGAGGAGAUUCAUGAGUUACUUUUGAACUUUGCUGAAGCUGGAGCUACAGUUGUGAGGCUUAAAGGAGGAGACCCUCUUGUGUUUGGAAGGGGUGGGGAGGAGAUGGAUUUCUUGCAACAACAAGGGAUUCAAGUAAAAAUUGUUCCUGGUAUAACUGCUGCUUCAGGUAUAGCAGCUGAAUUGGGAAUUCCUUUGACACACAGGGGCGUUGCAACGAGCGUCAGGUUCCUCACUGGUCACUCUAGAAAGGGUGGAACCGAUCCCUUAUUUGUAGCGGAAAAUGCAGCUGAUCCAGAUUCAACUUUGGUGGUAUACAUGGGUCUAUCAACUCUUCCAUCUCUGGCCCUUAAGUUGAUGCAUCAUGGUCUGCCUCCUGAUACCCCAGCCGCUGCUGUUGAACGAGGGACAACACCCCAACAAAGAACGGUUUUUGCUCAACUGAAGGAUCUUGCCGAUGAAAUCAGAGCAGCAGAGUUGGUUUCACCUACUUUAAUUGUCAUUGGAAAAGUUGUCUCUCUCUCACCAUAUUGGUCUCUUUCUUCCAAUGAAGCCUCCAGUCUGGUGGAAGCUUAAUAGAAUGAGCCUAGAAAAGGUUAAGCAAACCAGGAAUAGUUCUUCAUACUGUCAGUUAGCAAUUACUUUGAGGAGCAACUGAGAUAAGAAGCUCGGGACGUCGACUAUUUUCACAAGAUUUUGUGGUGAAUGAGUGUGGAAAAGAAGAAGGGGCUUCCUGACUUGUCAUCUGGAUUUGAUUGGUCUGCCCAUCGCAUUCAAACAACUCGACUCGGACUUUUUUCAACUGAGGGGAGUGAUGCAGUGAUUUUCUUUCUUGGAUGCUAUACUAGAGCACAGUGAAGCGGCAUAUUCUCAUUACCAUUUCUUGCAAUUAUUCAAAUAAAACUUCCAAACUCCAAAGUUUUUCCAAGUUCUCGAGGACAAUGGUGCUGUUGAAGUCUUCAUGGUGACUGAAAUUCUGCAGAAAUUUCAUUGGAAUAUCUGGUGUGUUGGUUAACACCUUUUUUUGUCCCCAUAACUUGGAUCAAAGAAUACAGACGGUAAAGGGCAUACUCAUUUUUAGUGUGGAUGUUCACCUCAAAUAUGAAUUUAUGGUUCUUGCAGUCUGGGAUUUGUUUCUCUCAUAUAUAAUGGUCUGAAUUUGUAGUGUUUUGGGGAAUGUAUUAAUCGAAUUUCUUGGACCAAGUUUAAUUUAACUUGGAUAAAACUGUUGGAGCACAUUGGAAUUGCCUGAUCUUUAGGUACGAAUAUGAUCUAUGAUUGAAGGUUUGUUUGAAAGCUAUACAAAACACUUUUUUCAUGAAAAA